UCCUCGUCCAUUUUAGGCCCGUUAAACUGCUUGUUCUCUUUUAACUCGUGUUUGUUGAAAAAGUCAGCCUCAUUCCCUGUAUAACUUCCAUUUUAACCGCCAAAAUUGCCCCCACCUCUCUCUGCCUUCCCUCCAAAGAAACCCACAUUCUCUCCCUUCAAACCACAACCGCUCCCCACUACUACUACUCUCCCACAGCAUAAAACCCCAACUCCACCAACCCAAUUCACCAUUUUUCCUCCCUCGCUCACUCAAAAGCUUCCAACUUUCUCAGAGAUCAACCCCCAAAAACCCCAAAGUUCUCACCUUUUUUUCUCGCUUCCAUCAGCGCACAAAAUGAAGAAGGUCGGCAAAGCAGCAGCACCUGCAUUCCCCUUGUUGGCAGCAGCAGCAGCCAUGGCGGUGAUCAUGAUCAUCAGCAAUUCAGCAACCACAUCUGAAGCUGCAAGGGUGUUCAAGGUCGGUGACGAUUUCGGAUGGCAAGAACCAACCAGCAACAACUCCCAGCUCUACGCUCAGUGGGCCACCACCAACAGAUUCCAAGUUGGGGAUUCCCUUUUGUUUGAGUACAAGAACGAUUCAGUAGCAGAAGUGGACAAAUGGGGCUACUACCACUGCAACACGAGCACGGCAACCGCCGUUUUCGACAAUGGGAGGAGCAGUUUCAAGCUGGAGCAGCCGGGGCCUUUCUACUUCAUCAGUGGGAACUUCAACCACUGCAACAAUGGGCAGUUGCUUGUUGUUGAAGUUAUGUCGAUGUACCAUCAUGAGCACCCACACCAUCCAUCUCUGCCGCCUCAGCCUGCCUUCCCACCUGCCUAUGCUUACCCGCCACAAGGAUCUUCUUCUUCAUCUUCCAUGGUGCCAUCAUCAUCUGAAUCUCAUCAGCCGAGCUCUGCAGUGAUCAUGUCGGUCAUCGUCAGUUGUGUCACUGUUGUUCUCAUUGCCACAUUUGUUGCCCUGUUCUUGUGUGCGCCAUGAGACCACCAGAAUUUAUCUUGGUUACUUAUGUUUUUGUUUCCUUCAGUGUCAGUCGGAUUCUAGUUGUUGGUUGUCAUUUAUUGUUUGGUUGAUUAUUAGUUUGGAGAGUUUGAGAUUGUUGGACAGCAUUAGUGUUGUUGUUUUUGUUUAUCAAUGUUAGCUUUCCUGUUGUUUACUUGUCAUUCCUGCUUCUGCUCGCUUCUUAUUGCUUUAAACUUUAAACCCAGUCCAUGAAACUAAGAAUCAAAUUAACUAAACUACGAGUCACUUUUAGAAAAGUCAAAGGAUCUUAACAAGGUGGGGCCUACAAAAAAUGGGACUUUCCUUGAAAAUCCUCUGCUGCUGACAGGAUCAAGAAAUUUCUGAGAAUCAA